UCUCGCGAGAAUCUGGGGACGGGGGCGGCCAUUUUAGUUUUGUGACCGGGGGUCACAGGGACGUCGGGCUGUGUGGGGCAAGGCACGAUGUUCUCUCGGUUGGCGUUGCGUGCCCUGGCCCCGGCCGGCCUGAAGAGUUCGGUGGCUCUACCCGCCCUGUCAUCGGGCAUAUUUCAUGCAUCAAGAUCACUUCACACAAGUCAACAGCGCUUGGCUCCAGUGCCAGCUCUUCCAGAGAAAGGUGGAAAAGUUCGCCAUGGAAUAAUCCCUGAAGAAUUUUUCCAAUUUUUGUAUCCUAAAACAGGAGUCACAGGUCCAUAUAUGCUUGCAACUGGACUGACACUCUACUUCCUGUCUAAAGAAAUUUAUGUAAUAAAUCAUGAAACAAUAAGUAGUGUUCUUAUUGUGGGUUUAAUAAUCUAUGGAAUUAAGAAGUAUGGUCCUCUUGUAGCAGCUUUUCUUGACAAAAAAAUGGACGAGCAACGUGAUGCUUACGAGAACUUUAAAAGUCAUCUUAUAAAUAGAUGCCAGGAGGGAAUUGAGGAGGAGAAGAAAGAACAAUGGAGAAUUGAGGGUCGCCGCUAUCUCUUUGAUGCCAAGCGGAACAAUAUUGCUAUGAUCCUGGAGACCAACUAUAGAGAAAGGCUUCUCACUGUAUCCAGGGAGGUGAAGAAGAGGCUAGACUAUCAAAUUGCAUUACAGCAGCUCAAGAGGCGUAUGGAACGAGAUCAUAUGAUCAACUGGGUAGAACAAAGUGUUUGGCAGAGUGUUUCAGCCCAACAGGAGAAGGAGAACAUUGCCAAAUGCCUUUUGGACCUGAAAGCAUUGUCAAAGUCUGCCCAAGUAUCUCUCUAAGUUGAACAUUGUUGAAACUUCCAAAAUUGUACAAUUUCUAUCCUUAAUUAAAACAUAGUAUCAUG